AAUAACAUCGCCAAAGCCACCGCACAAACUCGAUGCACGCAGUUAUCUGCGGUGCCGGCCCAGCCGGUGUGCUUACAUCAGUGUACCUUGCCCAAUUGGGUUACGAAGUCGAUGUAUUUGAGCGGCGCGAGGAGCCCUCUCAGGCGCAAUCUUCCUCGCAGCACUCUUACCCCAUGGUGCUAGCCAACAGGGCCACCGUGUGCAUUGCUGACGCCGGUCUGCAGCCCGCGUGCUGCACGGAGCCGACCGCCCAGCCCUGCUGCGGCCACUACAGCCUGGGCAAGCUGCGCGGCGGCGGCGACCCGAAGCGCAUGGGGCCCGAGAUGGUGACAUGGGUGGUGGACCGGGUGGGUCUGGCGGCGGACCUGCUGGCUGAGGCACGCCGCGUGUGCCCAGACCGCAUUCGCUUCCACUUCAACGCCGCCCUCACCGACCUGGACCUGGCGGGCCGCCGGGUGGUGUUCAGCCUCACCCAGCCCCCAAGCACCAACACCACCACCAAGGAGGUGUGUGGCUACGACCUGCUGGUGGGCGCUGACGGCGCCAGCAGCGGCGUGAGGGGCGCCAUGUGCGCCCAGCUGCCGCCGCACCGCUUCAGCGCCCAGCUGCUCUACCAGUCAGUGGUUGUGUACCGCACAUUCCACGGACUGCCUCGCACAGAGCCCGAGCUAGUGCCGGGCAUUGGGGAGCACCAGCCCAAACAGCACCUGUACUGGUAUGACAACCGCGCGGGGCCGCUGGUGACGUUCUGGCUGAACGAGGCGGGCCAGCUGGACGGCCUGGUGUCCAAGGUCAUGGACUGGUCGGCUCCUGCACUGUCUUCCCUCAUCCGCUCCACGCACCCCGCCAUCCCGACCUACCUGGUGGACGGCAUUGUGGAGCAGGUCUGCCCCAAGGAGUCCUCCGCCGAGGCGCCGGCAGGUGGCGGCAGUCGCUUCGGCUGUGUGGUGCGCUGCCGCCCCUUCCACGCAGCUGAGGAGGGGGUGGUGCUGGUGGGGGACGCCGCCCACCCGGUGACUGGGCACCUGGGCCAGGGCGCCAACAUGGCUCUGGAGAGCGCGAGGGCGCUGGCGGCGGCGCUGAGGCGGUUCGGCCCCGGGCGUCAGGCGGAGGCGCUGGCCGCCUACAGCGCUGAGCGGGCCGCCGACACGGCCGCCUGUCAGCACCUGGAGAUGUCCAUGGCGGCCUUUGCGCUGCCGCCCGCCUACCAGCCCGGGGGCAAGCACAGCAAGGGCGACAGCAGCGAUGUGCAGGGGGGUGGUGGUGGCGGCAGCGCCCCCUUCUCUCUGUUGUUCCGUCUGUACGCCAGCUGGCUGAUCAUGGGCUCCAUGAUGGUGGGGCUGGCGGGGCACACGCUGGCGCCGAGGGCCUUCCCGCUGCCCAUCUGGCUCAUGGCGGCCACACGCGACAGCCGCCUGCGUUAUUCGGUCAUCCUGCAGCGCGCCCGCCUCAUGGCCGGUGGACUGGUGCUGGCGGGCGGGGCGGCAGCGGCGGCGUCAGUGGCGCUGGCGGUGCGCUGGUGGCGCCGCUGAGCCGAGCUAUAGUUGGUAGCGGCUGGCAAUGCAGUGCAGAGACCAAGCGUCCUGAAGUUUGUCGUCAGAGUUUCACUUCGCAGGAGAGCGUCCUAAAGCCAGCGACUUGAGGGCUCGUCUAUUUCUGUCGUAGUUGCGUGGCAUACCUCGUAGGCUCGUACAGGUUCUCAAAAUGAGGUCGAAGGUAUAGGGGUCAAUCCCCGGAGUCGGGUGUGGCCAUGUGGCUCAAAGCGUAAGUUUGAGUGCCGACUGGAUGCACGCGCGCAAAGCAGUGAUGGGCCUUUACCGCGGGGUUGCAGUUGUUGAGAGCGGCACAGGGCUCACGUCUGCCCUUGUGGUGGGCAGGAGUUGUAUACGUGGGUGAGACAGCAGCUGGAGCUGGCAAAGAGGCAGCACCAAAAGUGUGUGGCUGUGCAGGAGAGAGGCUUAGGGAAUGUUGUACGUGCGUUGACGCAAGGCUGCAGAAGAGGAGAGGCGCGGUGUAGCAGUGGAAGUGUGGAACCGUACAACCUGUCAUAUGAUUGCAAUGCUUAAAUGCGAAUGCACACGGCAUAUGAUGGCUGUGGAGCGUGCCGUUACCCGCUUGCAACUGAGUGCGAGGCGAGUGAGAGGCGAGUGAGAAGUCGUAUUCUGCGGUCGGAGGUAGUCGAAAGAGCAGCCAGUGGAUUGGGAGGAGCUGCCUGCGUGUGCACUUGGUGGCUGAGGAAUUCCGUACGGGCAGAUGCUGCACGUGCGGAGCGCGACGGAUCAACGGCCUAACGUGGACGACAAGACAUGCAACGAAACACGAAUCACGUGACUACGAUGGCCCUGCAUGGCGUCGAGCAAUGAGCACCAGCUUGGCAGGUGUGUAAACUUGUCGCAGC